AUGCCUCGACGACCCCGACCCGCUACUCGCCGUCCACCCCACAGUGCACACACCCUUCACACCACUGGGAAGCACGUAUCUACCUCGAAUGUGGAAACUCCGUUACUUCAAAGGAGCAACGAGUUGGGCAGAACACCAAAUACCCCAGACUAUGCAUCCAGUGGCUCUCAGUCGCCCUCGGACGACGAGUCCGACGAAUAUGAUUCCGACGUGUCUGCUGGAUCCGCCGGAGAUGAAGAUGAUGCACAAGAUUUGAGCGACGUAGAUCCAAAUGCCCCCCGUGUUUCGCAAUGGGUGGAUGACGAAGACCUUGAUAACAGAUUUCAAGACGAGAGCGAGGAUGAGGAGAGCAGCGAAGAAGAUGGGGAAACGGCACAUCUGACGAAAUCGCAGCAGUCUGACAUCUCAUCAUUGCCAUUUGGUGCAUUGCGCAAGGCGCAGCGGUCAUUGGCACAAGCAGCCACGGUCGAGGCGUCAGAAGAGGAGGACUCUGGCGAUGAUAGCGAACCGGAACAAGGUCCAUCACACUUUGAUUUUAAGAGUAAAGGCAAGGAGGUGGACAAACCCGUCCACCUAAAAUAUGACAUUCCGAAGCGGAGGAAUAAGCACGCCCCCAUGGAAGCUACAUCCAAGAGACCGGUGCCCCGAAAGAAGUUGGCAGAGGGGGAAAAACUGGUGCCUCGCGAUCCGCGAUUCCUGCCAUUGGCAGGCGAAUUUUCUUCCCGGAAUUUCCAAUCUCAGUACAGUUUUUUGUCGGAGAUGCACGUAAACGAGACGAAAACGUUAAGAAACAAUCUAAAACGCGCCCGCAAAAUGCUAGGGUCUUCACCUCGGGAUCUUCGGGAGGAACGCGAGCAAGAGGUCCAAAGGUUGGAAAGGGCUGUCAAGAGGGCUGAGAGUAUGGUCGGCAAGGACAGGCGGGAGAAGGUCGAACAAGAGGCGCUCCGUAAAGUCGGGAAGGAGGAGCGAGAAAAGAGGAAAGAAGGGAAGGGAGCGUGGUAUCUGAAGGAUUCGGAUAAGAAGGGGUUACUAUUACGGGCGAAAUACGAAGCUCUCGCGGCGACAGGCGGUAAAGGCGCCGUAAAGAAAGCCAUAGAGAAGAAGGAGAAGAAGGUCGGCCAGAAGGAGAAGAAGAGAAGGCCACGACCGGCCCGGAUAGGUAGGGCACCUGAGUUGGGAGGCGGCAAGCGUCCAAGAGCUACUGAGGAGGGACAGAGGACUGGCAAGCGGCGCCGUGUUGAGUGA